AUGGAACGUCUCAAAAUGUUUCUUCUCAAACGCUUCCGUAUCAAAGAUCUUGGAGAUUUGAAAUAUUUUUUAGGCAUUGAAUUCUCUCAUUCCAAGAAAGACAUUUUCAUGUCUCAGAGAAAAUACGCACUAGAUAUUUUGCAAGACUUGGGACUUCUCGGCACAUGCCCUAGCAAGUUUCCAAUGAAGCAGAAUUUGAAACUCACUCCCACAGAUGGAGCAUUGCUAAAUGAUGCAACUAAGUGUAGAAGAUUGGAUGCUACCAUACGGAUCCUCAAAUACAUCAAAGGUACUCCUGGUCAAUGUUUGCUAUUUCCUGCCACCAACAAUCUUGCCUUGAAAGCCUUCUGUGAUUCAGAUUGGGGUGGUUGUUGUACCACCAGGAGAUCGGUUACAGGCUAUUGUGUUUUUCUAGGAAAUUCUCUUAUCUCAUGGAAAUCUAAGAAACAUGCUAAUGUUUCUAGAUCUUCAGCAGAAGUCGAAUAUCGAGCUAUGGCUAACACAUGUUUGGAGCUGACCUGGCUACGCUAUAUAUGA